AUGAAGAAAAUAAACAACAGGCAGCGGGUCGUGGCUGGGAUGGCCUGGGGAGGUGACAUCCAAAAGAGGCGCGAAGAUCCACAGGAGAAACCAGACCACGUGCAAGAUUUGUGGAAGACGCUUUUCUGGAUAGCUUCCGAACAAGCCUCGGCAAGGCGCCGUAAAUGUGAACAUUUACGUGCGAGACCAGCUGCGGCAAAAAGGCAUGUUCCAUUUCCGUGA